AUGCGAAUGCGAUGCAUUGAAAAACAACUAGUUUUAAAUGAAGAGUCCGAGUUAUUUCUAUAUGCUUUUGACAAAAAAAUAGAAUUAUCAGAUAUUGGGGUUAAUUCAAAUAUUAAUAUAGACAAUCACACUGAAGUCGAGAAGAUAAUUAAAAUAUUUGACAAUAUUAGGUUGUGUAAGGGUGCAGUACCAUCAAAUGAAUAUGGAUACUUAAAAUUAUCCAUAAGUCCAGUUGAAAAAUGUAGUAUGUUGUGGCAUCCAAAAUGUACCACAAUACUUCCUAAAGACAACAGCAGUAAUAGGUUAAUAUAA